AGCUUGUGGAUGAGGAUGGUGUGCACCUUCAUUUCCACCUUUUCUCUCUCCCCAAAGCUUUCCAUCUCUGAGCCUCAACUAUCCAAUGUUGUAGUAGUAGUAGAAGAAGAAGAAGAAGAAGAACCCAUGUCAUUGAGCUCUCUUAGUAAAUAAACCAGAAGCCAUGUCUUCAUCUCUCCUCCACCCAAUCCCACCACUGCCAAACAACAAGCUCCCACCCACUUCAAGAACCAAACCAUGCUUUCUCUCCCACCUCCCAGAAAUCCACACUCCUUCCCUCACUCAUGGCUUCUCCAAAGUCCUUGGCUCCUCUUCCCUCACCACCACCACCACCACCACCACCCAAAAGGACCAACCUUUCAGCCUCCCCAGCUGGAAAACCAGCAAGAAUGACCUCAAAUCCAAGGAACUCAAGCUCCAUGAUGCCUUCCUCUAUUUGGAAUACAUGGUUAACAGAGGCCACAAGCCUGAUACCUCCCAAGCCACCCAACUCCUCUAUGACCUCUGCAAGGCCAACAAGGUCCGCAAGGCCAUUCAUGUCAUGGAGCUCCUUGUCAAGUCUGGUAACACUCCUGACUGCUCUGUUUACACUUUCCUUGUCAAUCAGCUCUGCAAAAGAGGUAGUGUUGGUUAUGCAAUGCAACUGGUUGAUAAAAUGCAUCAGUAUGGUGUCACACCUAGCACUGUCACCUACAAUUCCCUUGUUAGAGGUCUCUGUGUUCAUGGUAAUCUCCAGCAGACUUUGCAGUUGUUGGAGAGGUUGAUGCAGAGGGGAUUGGUUCCCAAUGUGUUCACCUUCUCAUUCUUGCUUGAGGCUGCUUACAAGGAGCGUGGAGUUGAUGAGGCUGUGAGGUUAUUGGAUGAAAUCAUAGCAAAAGGGGGAAAACCCAAUUUGGUUAGCUACAAUGUCUUGCUCACUGGUUUCUGUAAGGAAGGUAGAUUGGAAGAGGCAAUGAAGUUCUUCAGAGAAUUACCGUACAAAGGCUUCAGUCCUAAUGUUGUUAGCUAUAAUAUCUUGCUGCGGAGUUUGUGCUAUAAUGGCCAGUGGACAGAGGCAGAGGAACUCUUGACUGAGAUGGGGAACAACGGUUGCGAACCAAGCAUUAUCACUUAUAACAUACUUAUAGGUUCUCUUGCUCUUCAUGGAAAACCUGAGCAAGCACUUGAAAUACUUGAGGAGUUGCUAGAUAAGCGGUAUAAGCCUGUUGCAGCGAGUUACAAUCCAAUCAUUGCUUGGUAUUGCAAGCAAGGGAGGUUGGACAUGGUGGUCAAGUGUUUGGACAUGAUGAUGUAUCGCCAUUGUACUCCAAAUGAUGGUACUUAUAAUGCAAUAGCCGUGCUUUGCGGGGAGGGGAAGGUAGAGGAAUGUUUCUCUAUAUUGCAGAGUUUGGGAAACAAGCAGAAUGUUUCGAUGCAUGACUAUCAUAGGAAUGUUGUGUCCUUGUUGUGUAAGAAAGGGAACACUUUGGCCGCAUUUCAGCUUUUGAAUGAGAUGACGAAGAGUGGAUUCACUCCUGAUUCAUACACGUAUUCUUCGUUGAUCAGAGGACUCUGUAUGGAGGGUAUGUUGGAUGAGGCAUUGGAGAUAAUUCAAGUGAUGGAGGAGAGUGGUUGCAAGCCAGACGUUGAUAACUACAAUGCACUGAUUCUUGGUUUGUGCAAGGCUCAAAGGACUGAUCUUGCUUUUGAUGUUUUUGAGACAAUGGUUGAUAGGAGAUAUUCACCGAAUGAGACAACAUACACAAUUUUAGUAGAAGGAAUUGCACAUGAAGAUGAAGCUGAUUUGGCAAGAGAAGUAUUAAAGGAAUUGUACUUGAGGAAUGCUAUAAGUCAAGGUACCAUGGAGAGGAUCACUCUACAGUAUGAUUUGGAGUAAUAUGGUCUUCUGUAAAUUUGUAGAAAUGCUUACAAGAUGAGUUAUAAAAGACUUUGGUCGAUCAGCUUUUGGGAGUAAAAAUGAAAGCAUAGAAUGAUUGAGAAGAUUCUUCUUAGAACGCUGCAUACAACUUCACUAUCCUCUUUAAACUGAUGUUUUUUGUUUUAUCAUCAUGUGAGGCUCUAGCUUCGUUUGAUGUUCUUGACAAUGAUCUUGUAUAUGAUCAAAAGAAAUAGUUUUGAUUGUCUGCGUACUGGUGUAUAAUUACUUGCAUUUUCAAGUAAUGCGACUUAUAGUUAUUUCUGUAAGAUGGUUGCACACUCAAACUGAAUUCUGAAGAUAGCUGUGCCUUUGGAUUGUAAUCUGCUACAAAUUUUACUGAAUAAAAUCGUUCUUUAUUGUAA